GCAGCGUCUGCGGCCGCGAUUACACCGCGCUGCCCGCUGCCUCCACGCGCGGAGGCGCCAGCGGGCCUCAUGCCCCUGUCCUCCUCCUCGUCCUCCUCCUCCGCAGCGGCAGCCGUCCCCGCCUUCCACGUCCUCCGCGCCCGCCCCCUUUCCGCGCACGACCGGCUCCGGCCGCGGCCGCGCGGCGGCGGCCGAAGGUCGUUCUCCCCGGUACUCGCGGUCGCGGCGGAUGCCCCCUCCUGCCUCUACGUCGGCCCUAUCGAGACCGCCAGUAAGGAGAUGCUGGAGGCCCUCUAUCAGCAGGCACGAGAUUCAUAUUACAAUGGUAAACCUUUGAUUGUUGAUGCGAUGUUUGAUAAAAUUGAGUUGAAGUUGCGGCUGUAUGGUUCAAAAUCUGUUGUUAAGUAUCCUCGAUGUAGCCUCAGGCGACAAUCAACCUAUGCAGAUGCUGAGGAAGAUCCUUCACAAGCUUUUGCUUUAGCAAGUGUUUGGUUGGUGCUACUCGCAUUUGGAUCAUCAGCAAUUCUCGUGCCUGUCAUUUGUAUCAUCACUCUGGCUUUUGCUGAUGCGAUUAACUCAAGAUAUUACUUAUACAGUGAAAUAUCGACAUUUGGAUCGCUUAUGAUGGUUAACAAAACUCUAAUAUUGGGACUGGGACAUCUGGUUGGUUAUCCUCUUGCAUUUGCUUCAAUCCAAGCAUUGCAAGGUCUUUGGAGGAAUGAACUGGUUGCAAUGAAAGGCUCAUGCCCCAACUGUGGGGAGGAGGUCUUUACUUUUGUUAGGGCAGAAAACUCGACCGGACAUCCUCACCGUGCAGCUUGUCAUGUAUGCGAGUGCUCCUUGGAGUUUCAAACAAAGGUGGAGCAAUCCUUCACGGUACCUGGUAAGCGCUGGGUUUAUGGUCGAGUAUACCUGGUUCAACAGACCUAAGCUAAUCAUUGAAAGCGAUGCAGAUCGUAAAACGUUUUAAUCUCUGAUGUUCUUGUUUUGUAAAUCACGUGACACUGGACAAAUCUAUUCUUUGUAUGAUUCAACAUUGUGCAUGUAACUAUUUCAGAGGCUUUCCUGUUGGUUUCAACUUCUAAUUAUCAUAAUCUACGGAAAGUAACCUAUGAGAUGUUUAUGAUUGUGUA